CUGUACGGUUGAAAAUCGAACCAUGGCAUGGCCCUAGCCUAGGGUUUACAGAAGAGAAGAAGUAAUGGCGGACGACGACUACAAUGAUUUCGAUGGCGGCGGCGAGGACUACGAUGAGCCUGUGGAGCCCGAGGAAGAGGUCGAGGAGCAAGAAAACAAUGAGGAGGCGCCGGAAUUUGGCGGCGAUGGGGAAUUCCAAGAGGCGGAGAGCGAACAGGUCAGUGAUAAGCCCAGGAAGACAACCAAGUAUAUGACCAAGUAUGAGAGAGCUCGCGUUCUUGGGACACGGGCUUUGCAAAUCAGUAUGAACGCUCCAGUGAUGGUGGAACUCGAGGGCGAGACAGAUCCACUCGAGAUUGCUAUGAAGGAGCUGCGUGAACGGAAGAUCCCUUUUACGAUUCGGCGGUACCUCCCUGAUGGAAGCUACGAGGAUUGGGGCGUAGACGAGCUGAUUGUGGAGGAUUCUUGGAAGAGACAAGUUGGAAACUAGUGAACAGAAAAAAAGCAAGUAUCUCUUCUUGGUAUAUUCUUUGCAUAUGCCUUGAGAGUAAUGAAACUAGCUAAAGAAGAAUAUUCACUGGCGUUCUUCUA